UUGGUGGGGGCUGGGGGGGGGGGGGAGGGGGAGGAGAAGGCGGAGGGGGGGCGCGAGAAGGGAGAGCAGGGUGGCUCAGGCAGUCACUCAAGAGAGUGAGCGAGUUCUUUAAAGAUGGCCGGAACGGCGGCGGCGGCGGCGAGCGCGACCCCUGUGUAUUGCGUGUGCCGGGAGCCUUACGAUGUGAACCGCUUCAUGAUCGAGUGCGACAUAUGCAAGGACUGGUUCCAUGGCAGUUGUGUUAGAGUAGAGGAGCACCAUGCUGUUGACAUUGACCUCUACCACUGUCCCAAUUGUGCAGUUCUUCAUGGACCCUCCUUAAUGAAGAAGAGAAGAAACUGGCACAGACAUGACUAUACAGAAUAUGAUGAUGGUUCAAAGCCAGUUCAAGCUGGAACCCGAACUUUUGUUAAACAGCUACGUGCCCGUUCAUUCCCAAGUGCUGAUGAAAUCAUUUUGAAAAUGCAUGGAAGCCAAUUGACGCAAAGAUACCUGGAAAAGCAUGGGUUUGAUGUUCCCAUUAUGGUACCUAAGUUAGAUGGCUUAGGCCUCAGACUCCCACCUUCUACAUUUUCUGUUCUAGAUGUGGAACAUUAUGUAGGUGGUGAUAAAGUGAUAGAUGUUAUUGAUGUGGCAAGACAAGCAGAUAGCAAAAUGAAGCUCCAUAAUUAUGUUAAGUAUUUUACAAAUCCUGAGAGACCAAAAGUAUUAAAUGUGAUAAGCCUUGAAUUCUCAGACACAAAGAUGUCUGAAUUAGUGGAAGUUCCUGAAAUUGCCAGAAAACUUUCAUGGGUUGAAAAUUACUGGCCAGAUGACUCAGUCUUCCCUAAGCCUUUUGUUCAGAAGUACUGUUUAAUGGGAGUUCAAGAUAGCUACACAGAUUUUCAUAUUGAUUUUGGGGGCACUUCUGUUUGGUAUCACGUUCUUUGGGGUGAAAAGAUCUUUUACUUGAUCAAACCUACUAAUGAUAACCUGGCAAUUUAUGAAUCCUGGAGUUCAUCUGUUACCCAGAGUGAAGUGUAUUUUGGAGAUAAUGUUGACAAGUGUUAUAAAUGUGUUGUGAAGCAAGGACAUACCUUAUUUGUUCCAACAGGAUGGAUUCAUGCUGUACUCACUUCUCAGGACUGUAUGGCUUUUGGAGGAAACUUCUUGCACAACCUCAAUAUCGGCAUGCAGCUCAGGUGUUAUGAAAUGGAGAAAAGGCUAAAAACCCCAGAUCUUUUCAAAUUCCCUUUCUUUGAAGCCAUCUGUUGGUUUGUGGCCAAAAACUUACUGGAAACUUUGAAAGAGCUGAAAGAAGAUGGUUUUCAGCCCCAAACUUUCUUAAUACAAGGAGUGAAAGCUUUACUUACUGCUUUAAAGAUGUGGAUGAAAAAAGAUCUUGUAACAGAACAUGCCUUUGAAAUUCCAGACAAUAUUAGGCCUGGACAGCUAAUUAAGCAGCUUUCUAAAGUAAUUCGAUCUGUAGAGGAAGAGAACAACAAACCAACAAAAACUCAGGGAACUGGUGUGUGUCAAGUUUCACGGUCAUCAAGUGAAUUGGCCUCCAUUCAUCAGUCCAGAAGAAGAGCAAGGAAGCUACGAGAUCAGUCUAUCAAAACACCUUCUAAUCUGGACAUUCUGGAGCUCCACACAAGAGAAGUUCUUAAAAGAUUAGAAAUGUCCCCAUGGGAGGAGGACAUAGCAAAUUAUAAAUUGAAUGGAAGGUUUAACAAACCACUUCAACCAUCUUCCACUGUUCCUGAAUGGAGAACAAAAGACAAUGAUUUGCGGCUUUUGUUGUCAAAUGGAAGAAUAAUUAGAUUAUUUUGUGACAGAGAUGAACGGCAACCCUUCAGAGAUCCAAGUCUAUACACAGCAGACAGUGAAGAUGAGGAUGAGAAGAGAAGUACUAUUAAGAUGGAAGAGCAGAAGUCCCAUGCAGAUACACAGAAACCACUGAAUAUGUUUUUUGAAAGUGUGAAAUCAGAACUCAGGAAUGGCAGCUCAGAAUACUCUGAUAUUUCUGAUUCAGAAGAAUCUGAACCUGAUUGCACUAACCAGCAAAAGGACUCCUCACUAGAGGAAUCAGAAAGCUCAGGAGAUGAUGAGAAACAAGAAGUAACUUCAAUUUUUAAAGAAGAAACUAAAGUAACAAAGGACCUGUUUCAAAUUACAGAGAAGCCAUCUAGAAAUGAAAAUGCAAAUAAAAGGGAAUGUCCUACCUCGACAAGUAUGGAGGAAGAAGCUAUUCAGGGCAUGCUAUCUAUGGCAGGAUUGCACUAUACCACUUGUUUACCAGGUCAUACUCAGAGCACAGACUGCACUAACCGAAGGAGCUUUGUUCCAGAACAUAGAAGCUAUUCUAAAAAUAGACAUAAAGAUAAGAUGUCUUCUCAGAGUUAUAAAACAGAAUAUGGCAAGCACAUAAAAGAUGAAAAAGAAAUGGGAGCUUCAGUAUUUCUUACACCAUUGCAUGCAGUUCCUAAAAUUAAUCCUCAGGAGUCAGGUAAAACUCAGAAACAUCUUAAGAAGGAAGUUGCAUCUGAAACCUGUUACAGAAUUCAAGAAAACAGGAGUCAUGUGCAAAAUAAUGGAAUAAACUUCCAGCAUGGCAAGUGUAUGCGGGACUGCAGCUUAAUUGAUGGGGAGUGCAGUCUCAGCUCCGACCGACCAUAUGGUGAAGUAUCCUCUGUACCUCUUCAUCCAACCAAGCGGCCAGCAUCGAAUCCACCCCCCAUCAGCAACCAAGCAACAAAAGGCAAGCGUCCAAAGAAAGGAAUGGCAACUGCCAAACAACGGCUUGGGAAAAUUCUAAAACUGAACCGAAAUGGCCAUGUACGAUACUUAGUUUGAUGUAGUAGCUGCUUCUGCUCUUCUUUAUACAUAGACCAGUAUUGAGGGUAACAGUGCCUGGAGCUUCUGUUUUAUUCCUCUGCUUGAAGCAGAAUGCAUGUACCUUAUUUGAACACUGCCUGAUGAACAAAAACCCAAUGCUGCAUUUUCACUGUGCCACAUCUGCUGAGCAAUAACUAUUUGGGAAAUGGAAAUAUUUGAAGAGACUAUGGAUUGGAAAAUGGUCUUUUUUUCAGGGCUCAUUUUGAUGCUUUGGUAGUGUCUGAGCUAAUUCAUGAACAGAAGAGUGUGAUGAAAGUUGUAAUCAAUAAUUUAUUUGUCAGAUAUUGUCAACUAUUGAAUUCAUUUUUAAGCUAUUUAUUUGGAAAUCUUUUUGGGGAAUUAUUUUAAUUUUAAAAUGUCAAAAAUGUGAAGGUUUUAUUUGUCUUUAAUGUCUGUCUGCAAGUGAAGAGCCACACUGAUUGUUCUGGAUUCAAACAUUUGAUAUACAGAUUAUAGGUUUAAAACAUGGACAUGAUAUAUUAUGUGAUUUAUUAAGUUAAGGACAUGAAAUCACAUGUUGGAUUCUGUUCUUUCUAUAUAACAUCAUGGAUGGCUUUUUCACUGACUCCUAAAGUACAAAAUCUCAGUUUAGUUCACUGAAAUGUCUUCCCUCAUUACUGCUCUUUCCUCUUCAUGUUUCACCAUUUAUUCUGGAUUAUAAAUUAGCAUAAUAUGAGCAACAUUUGCUGCAACCCUUCCCCUUAUUUUAUUUCCAUGGUGUGGAGAAUAAUCCAUGCAAAGCAUGGAUAGCAGUAGACCCAGGUAGCACUACAGGUAUUGAUUAAAGUAUAGACAUUUAAAUACAUUUUGUGGAGAAAGACUGUUAUGGUGUCAGAGUAUUGUUUGUCUACACAUGCCAGCUGAUUAAAGGUCUUAAGUCAUUUUUGUAUAUAUGUAAAUGUGUUUGAUAGCUUUUGAAUUUCAGUAUGACGUAUUUUAUGUCAUGCUUUGCAAAGACCUGGUAGUAAAUGCUGAUUCUAAAAUGCAUGUAUAUAACCUAGAUGAAAAAUCAUAUUUUUGUAAUAUAAAAUUGAAUAUUUAAGCUCUUUUGGGGAAAAAUGGGGAAGCACCUGGACUACCGCUUUACUAAGAGGGCUAUUCAGAACCAGAGCAGGAAUAUUAGGGGUACUGCUUUAGUAGCUUUGUUUUCCUAUUGAUCAAGAGUUGAAGCAUGGCCAAAGUUGCUUGACUUUCUUAAAUAAACUUCCCAGUCUUCAAGUCAUAUCUAAAAUAACAUAUCUAGAUGUCCCAAAAUAGGACCUUUUGUGCUCAACGGUUUUAUAUAUUCAGUAUUUUCUGCAUUUAUGUGUAAUGUGUCUGAAUUAAACUAAUUAUAAUGUUUUUUGUUGCAUAUCAAACUAGUCACUGCAGGUACUAGGACUUAGCUAAACAAGGCUGCGGUCCUCAAUGAAGUUGCCACUAUCCCAUUUAACUGAAUAGAUUGUAUAACUGUGAGGGAGUGAUAGCCAAAAAUUUAAACUAGUGUUCCUAGAAUCAAAUCUGAUGAAAUUGUUUUUUCAUUAAUGAAAAAUAGGCUGAUUCUCCAUUCCUCAUGCAGCAAGUACCUUCAAAAUCAUUUUGGAGGGCUGAGGGUACCUUCUAAAGCAGAUGGGGGAAUUGCAGAAGGACUGGAAAAGGACAUCCAGCUGCAUGAGUGCCCUGCAUUUGUGUGAUAAUGGAUUUCAUCUUUCAUUAGGAAAUAAGCUCCGUUGCAAUAAAUAGGGCAGAUUUAAGAAUAUAUUAAAUGGCACUGGGGAGUAAAUGAAUAAAAAUAUAAUAGAUAUCAACCUGUGAUAUGUCUGAGGUUUUGAAAAUAGCAGUCUGUUUUUCUUGACCCUCCUUUCUUUUUAAUUUUUCUUAGCAUACAAAUGUCAAAUGUAGGGAAAACAAGACUGGAACAACCUUUUACUGCUGGCAUUGCAAACAGAAAAUUAUAGGGAGAAAACUCAACACUGGCUUUUGGAAGAGGAAGUGAUUUACUUGUCAGGUUUAACUCAUUUUUUCUAUCAUAAUUGAAGAAAAUGAGACUUUCAAGAGUCAUGUAUCUUCUAACUGAGCUACGGUGCAUUAAAAUAGAAAUACGUGUUUGUACUGUGUGUUUUCAAUACAUUUUAAAAUGUAUUCUGUCUUUUAUUUUAGGCAGAAAAACUGUUAGAAGGCACCUGGUUUUGAUUUAGCUCUAAUUUUCAUAAGCCAUAUUUUAAAGCAAUUUAUUUCUUCUUUGUGAUACUCUAGCAACAUCUGUGAUGCAAAAAACUUUGAGGGUACAAUUAACUGAAUGAUAAAUACAUUAAAAAUUAUAUCUUCUUUACUAGAUCAGAAUAAGUGACAAUUGUCACAACUGGUCUGAUUUCUCUGAGACUCAUAAUUAUUAAAAUGCAUACGUAUGCCUUUACUAGGAUGGUGAUGGAGAGGAGUAGGUUUUGGUUAGACUAUAUUUAAUAGCUAUUCCAUUUUUCUCGUUCUCUUCCCCUCUGCCUAUCCCCAUCACAUUGUUCUCCAUUGUUAUGAGCAUACAGAUAUAUCUUCUUGGACUACUAAAAUAAAAAUGCUGAAUACAAAAAUCUGGCUUUCCAUGUUUCAGAUACAAAUUGAAGCAAGUAUUCUCUCUGUUACCACUUCAGUAAGGCUUUUUCUUAGACUGUAAAUGUUUUGAGGAAGACAAAAUUAACUGUAGCUAUCAAAAUUAAUGGUUUUGAAGAAGCAAGUACAACAAUUAUUUUGGUAAUUUAAUGAAGAAAUUGCAGUGGACAGUCUUGUUUGUAUGCUAGUUGUUUCAUUUAUGUAAAACACAGUUGCAUCAGAUUUUACAUGUGUAGCAGAUGUCUGAAUUCGAUUAUGUAGCCCUAUAAUUGUUUUAUUUUCUUGAGGGCAAAAAGGAUAUUUAAACCAAUUUUGGUAUAAGAUUGCUGUGUCCUCAAUAGAGUUUUCAGAGAAGGAUCUCUUUACAUAAGUAGAGCAAGUAUUUCAGCUGUACAUUAGAAUUACCUUAGACCUCUUCCUCCCUAAACUAACAAGGUGAAAGAGAAUGUAAAAUAAAGUGUUUUGGAUUAUGUUGAAGACAGAAGUAAAAUUGAAUGUUGGUGCAGUAAUUUUAGCAGCAGCAUUUUAAAGCCACAUUUCUCAUUGUUCUACAGUCUUUGCUUACUGAAUUCAGGCGGUAUUGUAGCCUCAAAUGACCUCUGUGGUAGAUUUACCUAUGCAAUCAUUAACAUUGACAUAUGAUGAUUUUCAAAUCAUUUUGAUAGAGUUGAAUAAUGCAGUCAAAGCUAAAAUACUUACAUUAAUGUUCUUUAGUGUAAGAGCACAUGUGAUAAUCAAAUUAAAGCUACAUUAUUUCACUGAAGAUUUUAAUAUAUUUUAGACUACUUUAGUUUACCAGAAUGUUCAGUCAUUAAACUUAGGAAUCUUAGGAUGAAAAGCAACUCCAGCCUGUCUCCCUGGUUUUGCCAACUUUGUAGCUAAUAACUUGAAGGAAAUUGAGAAGCAUUAAUUUCUACACAAUCCCUUGCGUAGUGCCUCUUUGACCACAAUUCUGUGCCACAAAAAAAAAAAAAAAAAAAAAAAAAAAAGAACCACCACCACCACCCCUCUCCUUUCACCUUUUUAUAAUAACUUGCAUCCAUACUUCCAGACCAUUAAAAUCUGUUCAUGGAUUUAGGCCUAAGUGAACCCAGG